AUGAUACAAAAUCUUAUUGGAAUUGUUAUUAAAACUGCCACAGCUAAAACCGUUAAAGUUCAAGUAGCUAAACAAUUUGAACAUCCCAAAGUUCAUAAGAACACAAAAAAUACUUGGUUCAUGAUGAAAAUAGCCGAUGUUCAUUGGGCGAUGUGGUUAGAAUUCAAGCCUGUAGACGCAUGA